GCCAAUUGGCAACACUGUGCACCCUUCGUGGUUUUUUAUGGUUAUGUGUAAAAUAUACAAAAUCUUUGGUUAUAAGCUAAAAAUGAAAUUCCUAGCGAGAAACCCGAUAAACGCGGAAAUCCACGCUAUAAUUUAAAUGCACUGUUCCGAACGUAAUCAAUGACGUAACCGUAUAUAAGCAAAUAACCUCGUUGCGCUUAUAUCAUUAAAAGCGUUCAAGUUCGUGGAGAAAGUAGCGUAAAAUGCAACGUCUAUUGUCUGUGAUAUUAUUUAGACUAAUUGUGGAGUAAAUGCGAAUAUGUCGCUUAAAAGUGCAGCUGUUUUGACCGUUAGUGAUCUCUAUUUACAGGGGAAGCAGGAACAAAGUUUUAACUUGAUUUUAGAGGAUUUGAAUGGUUUGGAUUAUGAGGUUGAAAAGUACGUUUGCGUGUGCGAAAAUAAGGAAAAUUUAGCACAGGAAAUUCAGUUACUUUCUCAAACUACAGACAUAAUAAUUGUGAUUGGUUUAUUGGAGACUGGUUGUAUUUAUAAAGGGGUUGCUUUAGCUUUAUCACAGGAGUUAGGUGAGAAUGAUAAGUUAAUAAAUAUUAUUGAUCGGUUAAAGGGAAGCCAUAAAAAAGAGGAAGUGAGUUUACCCUUGUUUGCAAGAUUAUUAACUUCCGAAAAUGCCUCAUUUCCUGUUAUAGAAGUUAGCCGAAUUUAUGUACUUAAUGUUAAUUGUUUUGAAGAGCUUUAUUUCAACAUUUUGAAGAGUUAUUUAGUGCAAUACAAAAGAAAACCGACAUUUACCAAAGCCAUAUACAUACAGUUAAAUGGAAAUACAAAACAAAACGUUUUAAAACACAAAGGCUGUAGCACAGAAAUAACUUUUUCAGAAGACAAUUCAAGAUUAGUUUGCACAGCAACAUCUAAUAAUUUUAGCGAUAUUGUUGAGUUUGAGCAGAAAUUAAGAAAUUCCCCAAAUAUUCCCUAUUUGGGGUCAUGUGAUUCCAGUUGUGAAAAUCCCUUAGAUUAUUUAAACACCAAAGAAAAUGUUCAACAAACAUUGCAGUACAUAGAAGAAAGCCUGACAACUUACGGCACGGAAAACAUAUUUCUUAGUUUCAACGGCGGAAAAGAUUGCACCGUCUUAUUGCACCUCUUUGUAAACCUGCUGAAAUUAAAGUUUCCCCAUUACGAUCAGAAAAUUUUCUGCCUUUAUGUUAGGAGCGAGAAUGCUUUCCCAGAGCAGGACGUUUUUAUAAGGGAGUGCGGGGUUUUUUACAAUUUGGAAGUUCUAACGAUUGUCGGGUCAAUUAAGGAUGCAUUGCAUCAAGUUUUGGAAGACAGGCCUAAUUUUAAGGCAUGCCUUAUGGGAACCAGGCGGACGGAUCCCUAUUCCAGCAAUCUCAGCGUUUUUCAGAUGACAGAUGUGAAUUGGCCGCAAAUAAUGAGAGUGAGUCCAAUUUUGGACUGGCACUAUUCAGAGAUUUGGGACUAUCUCCUAUAUUACAAAGUCCCUUAUUGUAAAUUAUACGAUUUGGGAUACACAUCUCUGGGAAAUUCCUUAAAUACAAUAAAAAAUCCUUGUUUAAAAUAUACACAAUGUUCCACAAGCAAAGAAAACUAUUUACCAGCCUACAGAAUGUUAAAUGAGGUAAAAGAAAGAAGUGGUAGAAAUAUACAACAUAUACAAAAGUAAAUAGAAUUUAUUUAAACAUUAUUUAUUGUAAAAAAUCCGUACUUAUAUUAAAAUUUUUGACCUGUUUUUAAUUGUUUUAAUAAAUAUUUAAAUUAUA